GCGGUCUGUCCUGCUGCGGGCACAAGCGCGCAGAUUAGCGGUAGUUUGCCUUCGCUUCGGUGUGUGUUACCUCUUUGCUCAGCACCAUGUCGUACAACUACGUGGUGACGGCUCAGAAACCCACUGCAGUUAAUGCCUGCAUUACCGGACACUUCACCUCUGCAGACGACCUCAACCUGCUGAUCGCCAAGAACACGCGGCUGGAGAUCUAUGUGGUGACUGCGGAGGGGCUGCGGCCCGUCAAGGAGGUGGGGAUGUACGGCAAGAUCGCAGUGAUGGAGCUGUUCCGACCCAAGGGGGAGAGUAAGGAUCUGCUUUUCAUUCUGACGGCCAAAUACAACGCCUGUAUUUUGGAGUACAAGCAGAAUGGUGACAGCAUCGAUAUAAUCACCAGAGCCCAUGGCAAUGGGCUGAGGGCAGGGGCAGUGUGUAACUUGUGUGUUCUCUUAGUGCCUGAGCCGUUCGGAGGAGCCAUCAUCAUCGGGCAGGAGUCCAUCACUUACCACAACGGAGACAAGUACCUGGCCAUAGCGCCCCCUACCAUCAAGCAAAGCACCAUCGUGUGUCACAACCGCGUUGACCCCAACGGCUCGCGCUACCUGCUGGGCGACAUGGAGGGCCGGCUGUUCAUGCUGUUGCUGGAGAGGGAGGAGCUUAUGGACGGCACUGUGGCGCUGAAGGACCUGCGCGUGGAGCUGCUGGGAGAGACCUCCAUUGCUGAGUGCCUGACCUACCUGGACAACGGCGUGGUGUUUGUGGGGUCCCGGCUUGGAGACUCGCAGCUCGUGAAGCUGAACGUGGACAGCAAUGACCAGGGCUCCUACGUGGCCGUGAUGGAGACCUUCACCAACCUGGGCCCCAUCGUGGACAUGUGUGUGGUGGACCUGGAGAGGCAGGGGCAGGGCCAGCUCGUCACCUGCUCGGGAGCAUUUAAGGAAGGCUCCCUUCGGAUCAUCCGGAAUGGCAUCGGCAUCCACGAGCACGCAAGCAUCGACCUUCCGGGAAUCAAAGGCCUGUGGCCCCUGCGCUCGGAGGCCGGUCGCGAGACGGACGACAUGCUGGUCCUGUCCUUCGUGGGUCAGACCAGGGUGCUGAUGCUCAGCGGGGAGGAGGUGGAGGAGACCGAGCUGCCCGGGUUCGUGGACAAUCAGCAGACCUUCUACUGCGGCAACGUGGCCCAUCAGCAGCUCAUCCAGAUCACCUCGGGCUCCGUGCGGCUGGUGACGCAGGACAGCAAGGCCCUGGCCAGCGAGUGGCAGGAGCCCAGGGGGCGCAACAUCAGCGUGGCCGCCUGCAACGCGGGCCAGGUGGUGCUGGCCGUGGGCCGGGUGCUGUACUACCUGGAGAUACACCGAGGAGAACUGAAGCAGAUCAGGACUGGAAGUGCGCUCAGUGAGCGGAAGAAGGUGACCCUGGGCACUCAGCCCACAGUGCUGCGCACCUUCCGUUCGCUCUCCACCUCCAACGUGUUCGCCUGCUCCGACCGGCCCACCGUCAUCUACAGCAGCAACCACAAGCUCGUCUUCUCCAACGUCAACCUGAAGGAGGUGAACUACAUGUGUCCUCUCAACUCAGAGGGGUACCCCGACAGUUUGGCUCUGGCCAAUAACAGCACUCUGACCAUUGGCACCAUUGAUGAGAUUCAGAAGCUGCACAUUCGCACUGUCCCACUGUACGAGAGUCCCAGGCGGAUCUGUUACCAGGAGUCCUCGCAGUGCUUCGGAGUGCUGUCCAGCAGGGUUGAGGUGCAGGACGCCAGUGGGGCUACAGCAGCUGUGCGCCCCAGCGCAAGUACUCAGGCCCUGUCCACCAGUGUCAGCUCCAGUAAGCUGUUUCCCAGCAGCACGUCGCCCCACGAGACUUCAUUUGGUGAGGAGAUGGAAGUUCACAGCCUGCUGAUUGUAGACCAACACACUUUUGAAGUUCUGCACGCUCACCAGUUCCUGCCCAGCGAGUACGCCCUCAGCAUGGUGUCCUGCCGUCUAGGCCGAGACCCUGCCGUGUACUUCGUCGUGGGGACGGCCAUGGUGUACCCCGAGGAGGCUGAGCCCAAGCAGGGGCGCAUCAUUGUCUUCCACUACACUGACGGAAAGCUGCAGACCGUGGCGGAGAAGGAGGUGAAGGGAGCUGUGUACUCCAUGGUGGAGUUCAAUGGCAAACUGCUUGCCAGCAUCAACAGCACCGUGCGUCUGUACGAGUGGACUGCGGAGAAGGAGCUCCGCACCGAAUGCAAUCACUAUAACAACAUCAUGGCCCUGUACCUAAAGACUAAGGGUGACUUCAUCCUGGUGGGGGACCUGAUGAGGUCAGUGCUGCUGCUGGCUUACAAACCCAUGGAGGGCAACUUUGAGGAGAUUGCUCGUGACUUCAACCCCAACUGGAUGAGCGCGGUGGAGAUCUUGGAUGAUGACAACUUCCUGGGGGCAGAGAAUGCCUUCAACCUCUUUGUGUGCCAGAAAGACAGCGCCGCCACCACGGACGAGGAGCGGCAGCACCUGCAGGAGGUGGGCGUGUUCCACCUGGGCGAGUUCGUCAACGUGUUCUGCCACGGCUCGCUGGUCAUGCAGAACCUGGGCGAGAGCUCCACGCCCACGCAGGGCUCCGUGCUGUUCGGCACCGUCAAUGGCAUGAUAGGGUUGGUGACCUCUCUGUCGGAGGGCUGGUACAGUCUGCUGAUGGACCUGCAGAACAGACUCAACAAGGUUAUCAAGAGUGUAGGCAAGAUUGAGCACACCUUCUGGAGGUCAUUCCACACGGAGCGCAAGACAGAACAGGCGACCGGCUUCAUCGAUGGCGACCUCAUUGAGAGCUUUCUGGACCUUGGCCGUGCCAAGAUGCAGGAGGUGGUCAGUGGCCUGCAGAUUGACGAUGGGAGCGGGAUGAAGAGGGAAGCCGCAGUGGAUGAGGUCAUCAAGAUCGUGGAGGAGCUGACCAGAAUCCACUAGCAGAGCUGCUAGGAGGAAGAUGGGGGCCUGAUGUGUAAAUAAGUAUAAAUAGAGUGACGAGGUGUGAACUGACUGGCUUCUCUACAGGGAGCAGUGGAAGGUGCUGGGAGGUGCUGUACCAACAGAUAGGCUGCAGCCUGAUUGGAAAACCUCAGUGAGCAGAGCAGUCAAGAGCCAGACCCGUCACUCCACUCCACUGGCGAUUUCUACACAGGCAGCAGUUCUUUGUGUGGACAGUUCACGGUUAAGCAGCUGUUGGCCUGGGAUGUACUCAAGUUGCGGACAGCAGUGUCAAGUGUAUGGGAAGGUAUGUUGUCCAGUGUCCACAGCUAGGACGCAGCCGGGCUAGUCUGUCCGAGGGGAGCAGUGUCCUCGGCAGGAGCUGUGGGGCGUCGGCGUGAACCCGUGUUUCUAUUGUGAGCCAUUGGCUUGUAGUUAUUAAUAAAGUUUGACAGCUGUA